AGCGUCGCGACGCUUAACACAAGUGCGGAUUUAAGCAGGAACGACGGUCGGCGGGUCCAUGCUCACAGCCUCCUGCGAGACUCAUUUCAGUAGUGGCGGAACGGGGCGCGAGUCGAACGAUUUCGGCCUUUUCCGGGGAACUUUUAGUGUGUUUACUUCCGGUUCCGUCGAACGAAUACCGCGAACUUUGAUUUUAUUUAUUUUUUUGGAAAUUGAUCAACAUCCAAAGCCUUUCCCGCAACGCAACAAAGUAUAAAUCACCAUAAGACAGACGACAAAAAUCAAAUUUGUCAUUCACAUCACCAACAACGCGGAGAUACCAUCAAUGAGAGACGCAGAAAAACUGGUCCAAGCUGAAUCGAUAUAAAGAUGUCAAAUUCGAUAUUCAGCAGCCAGGUAGGACGUGAUAAGAAAGGAAACUUGACGAAUUAAAUUACCGUUAAUUUCUUGUUUUUUUUUUUUAUUUUCUUUGACUUGAAACCGAUUUUUAAAUGAUCUCCGUAUUAUGGUUUAUGAUUAUCGUGCGCCGAUGAUAUUCGAUCUACGUAAAGCUUGUGACAUCACAAAGACGUUCCGAUGUGAUCGUUUUUGAAUGUUGGUGAGACUGUUUAAAGACUGUGAACAUUUCUGCUACGUGUUUUUGAAAAUGCGACGGAGGAAACAUCAUCUGGCUUGAAAAAGGUAUUUUUGCAGGGACUCAUGAGAAUAGUUUUUUGUAUUGGAUAAGGACGCAACUUUCUACAAUCACCAAAGGAUACAAAAAUUUUAUAAUAGUGAGUGCGCAUUUAUAGUGUUUGAGUGUUAAAAAAUUAAAAAUGCAUUAAAAGUGUCAUCUGAUGUGAUAUAAGUGCACCCCCGGUGGUGACAGAUAAUCGUUCGGAAAAAUCUGUGAUCAAACUCGAAAUCAGUAGCAUGAGUUCGUAUUUCGCCAAUUACAUGCCGGACAUGCGAAAUGGAGGUGUCGUUUCAGCCGAACACCAACAGCACCAUUAUGGACAAGUACCUCAAGGUGGCGGGGCUGUACAAACGGACCCUACAGCUUGCGCUGGAGAUCCCUCUGUUGUCGGUUUACGACAAGGGAUACCUCCGCACCAUUAUGGAGGGCCUCCGACUGCCGGACAACCUCCACAAGGUAUGCCUUAUCCACGAUUUCCACCCUAUGAUAGAAUGGACAUUCGAAAUGCAGGGUAUUAUAAUGCGCAACAGAUGGAUGGUAGUCAAGACUGUGUCCCAGGUUACCGACCGGAUAGUCCGGGCAAUAUGGGCCACAUGGGUACCGCUGCGGCACCAAACGGACACCAAACUCCAGUCGUCUACGCCAGUUGUAAGCUCCAAGCGGCAGCGGUGACGCAAAACGGGGUCUUGGGCCCCACAGGAAGUCCGCCGCUAGAUACCUCGCAGAACCUCCAUAUGGGCCACCAUAUGCAGGAGCAGCAUCCGCAGCACCAUCAGCAACACCAUCAGCAGCAGCACAUGAUGUACGGGGCGCAGCAGAAUCCCAAUAUGCAUCAGGCUGCGCCCCAUCAGCAACCUCCUUUGCAAGGGCAGCCGCAAGGACAGCAACCGCCUAAUAAUACGGCGUCGUCGUUGCCUAGUCCUUUGUAUCCUUGGAUGAGGAGUCAAUUUGAAAGAAAACGAGGUCGACAAACUUACACGAGGUACCAAACGUUAGAAUUAGAAAAGGAGUUCCACUUCAACCGAUACCUGACGAGGCGGAGAAGGAUAGAAAUAGCGCACGCGCUGUGCCUGACGGAGAGACAAAUUAAAAUUUGGUUCCAAAAUAGGCGCAUGAAGUGGAAAAAAGAGAACAAAACCAAAGGAGAAGGCGGUUCCGAGGGUGGCGGAGACGAUAUUAGUCCGCAAGGUUCGCCUCAGUAAAAGGGCGGACACUUUGAACCUCCAAAGGAGAGGUGAUCUCCCAGUGAACCGAACAGAGUACCUAAUAAACCCACGUAGUCAUUGCAUUUUUUUUUAUGUUUGUUUUAGGGGUUGACGUGAUGGACCUCUGAAAAAAAAAAAUGUUAUCUAAUGUUUCGGCGUUUGGGGACUGGAUUUACAAAUCAAAUUCUGAAAUAUUAGUAUGUAUGCCUACAUAAAAACUUGCAAUAUAAUGUUAUUGUUUUUUUGUUUUUGCUGGAGAUAGAAUAAUUUUUCAAUCCACCAUAGACAUCCCUCUAAAUAAAAAAAGUGUCAAGGCAUUUGAUCACAACUCGAAAUGGUUAGUCACAAUGACAUAUUAAGGGCGGGUAUUAUAAAACUGCUUUGACAGUUAACUUGAAGUUAACUUUUUGAAUUACAUGUAAUUCCAGAAGUUAACUUUAAGUUAACUCUCAAAGUAGUUUUAUAAUACCCGCCCUAAGACAGAUAGACUUUAAAGUAAACAUAAUUUGACGUUGCAACAUUAUUUACGAGAGCGAUCCACCUCUGGUGUAUCUCCUCCAAUUAGAUUGGCAUGUUAACGCGUCCAUCGAUGAUGAUAUGAUUUAGAAGCAGAUAGAUAGAUGAAUCACUUGCACCAUUUUGGUCAAGUGAAUGACGCGUUCAUAGGGGUAGGCGAGUCUUGUUUACACCUCUGACGCAUCCCCACCAUGAUCCUUACCUUUUCUGGCCCAUGGGAGAGUCUUGUCCUCACAACAAACAUCAGUUUAUAAAUAAGAUGCGAUAUCUUUUUGAAUGUGACACUUGCAAAGCAAAAUUUAAACGAAAAGGCGAUUUGAAGAGUCACAAACUGACACACUCGAAUAUUUAUCCUUUUGAGUGUAACACUUGCAAAGCAAAAUCUAAACGGAGACUCGACCAAGUGAAGCACUCGGAUAUUUUUCCUUUUGAAUGUAACACUUGCAAAGCAAAAUUUAAACGAAGAGAUAAAUAAGAUGCGGUAUCUACCUGUGUUAAGAUAUCAUUAGUUAGUCACCUUCUUUAUCAGGAAAUUUAUUAAAUCUCUUCUACACUCAAACAAAUAUUUCUACUAAAUGAACUUCUAAAAAUAUCAAUAGUUUUUUUUACCAUUUUCUCAUUUCUGAAUUCUAAGUUCAUCUUUCCAGUGUAUUUGUUGACUAGCCGGAUCUUAGACCCUGACACUUUUCAGCCCUCGAUGUUGGGCAAAAAACACAAGUAAUAUUUUGACAUGCUCUAUACCCACCAAAGACAACUAAUGUAUUUUUGUUAUUUUAUUUGUACAUCCAGUCCCUUUGAAAUUUACUUUACAACCGUAAUGACCUCCUUUUCUGUGUAUAUUUUUAGUUCCAAGUUGAAAAAAAGAAAAUGCGUUUUUACAUAGUUUUUAUUUAUUAUUUAUAUAUUGUAGAUAAUAUAGAUUUUUUAUAUUAUUAUAUAGAUAGGUUUUUAAUUUUUCCCUCUGAUGUGCGAUUUUUUUUUAUAAUUUUUAUUUAAUUUUAAGUUUUUCUGUGUUGAUGAAAUAAAACAACAUUAUUUUUUUUUUUGUAAAAAUAAAAUAUUCAUAUUAUAAUUUUAUCAUCGGUAUAAUGAUAAAAUAAUCUUAUUUGUUCCUUGCUGUGAUUAAUAAUAAUUAAUAAUCUGUAAAAUAGUGACAAAUAUAGUUAAAUAAUUAUUUUGUUUAUUUUAUCAACACUUUGUUAUUAAAUAUUUUAAAACAUUCACAAAUCAAAUCUGAAAACUAAAAAAUUUUGAGGCCAGUGAAAUGUGCAAUUUAUGUAAAAUGGCGCAACAACAAGUCAAAAUUGUUUUAAACAAUUAACUAUUUUAAUUUUUUUUUUUUUGAUUGUAGAUGGUAAUAUGGGGGUGGUAAAAAGUCACGAAAGGAUUUCAAAAAAUAGUGACAAGCAUUCAUUUAACAUAAAUAACAUGUGCAUGUCGCUAGUCCACAAUAUGUCGUAGAUAAUAUUGAAAAAUUUAGAAGGGCAUUUUUGUUUUUUUUUUUGAAAACAAAAAUGUACGACAGUAAAGUAGAAACUAUUUGUUUGUUUUUUUUUUAUAUAAAAAAAAAGUUGUAGAUAUUUUUUCUUUUAUAUUUAAAAAAGUAUGUUCAAAACUUGUAAAUAUUUAUCCGCAUGUGGAAAGGAUAUAUGAAAUAUACGAUAUUGAAAUUACGCACUCUCAUGCCAAAGUUAGUGUAAUAUAAUAAUAAAGUUGAAUAAAUUAUUUAGCAAGGAUAAUUUAGUCAUAUAAAUAAAACGAAUUUUGAUUGGUUGAAACUAGUGUACAACCAACCAAAGUUGUUGAAAUAUUUGUUGGAACAAACCUCUAAUGAAAAUGACAAUAUAUGCCCUCUUUAUUUAAAAGAGCAAAAUUUUAAUAUUAAUAUUUGUUUGAUAGGGCAUCGAAACCCUAAAUUAUCAAUGCUAAAAAUUUACUUUCAAUAUUUCCUUGUAAAAAAAAUAUCCAUAUAGAAUUAAUAAUUAUAUUGUUGAUAUAAAUACUCGAAAUACGUAAGUAAUCCUGUGACAUUUUUACCUUAUCUUAUAUUUAUUGUGUCCAUUUUUUCGUACUUAUUUUUAAAAUUAUAUUUUUUGAAAAAAAAAAUUCUCAAUGGAAAACAACAUAUAGUCCGGGCAGCGGCAAGGAUUUCACCUAUGGUUACUCUUUGAAUGUAUUACUAUAGGAUAUGGUAAUGCUCCAUAAGUGUUAUAUAAUUUAAUAUUUUUUGUAAACAAUACCAUGUGCUUGCAAUAUUUCAACUUCAACAAACGUAUUUAGUGAAUGAAAUGAAGUGAAAAGUAUCAUGUUUCGAUUUAUCUGCAGCUUUUUGCAUUUGCUUAACUCUCUUAUUUAUUCGCUUAUAGUUUCGGAAUUGGUUCUGAAUUGGACUGAUUCAGAUCAAUGAGAGCUUAUUCUUCCUCUUCCUGUAACUUUCUAACAAAUUCUUCAUUCUCACCAUUCACAUGCUGAAACUCUUCGGGGUACUGUAAAUUUGUAUCGGCAAAAUUAUCUUCCAGUUGUUUUUAUUUCAAAAGAUGUCGCUUCAACAAGAUCAAACUCUUCAAUUUUCAUAUUUCUCGGAAAUCACAGUAUUGUUUCAGAUGAUGUUUGAAGCAACUCUGCAACAUCAUUAUGAUUGUAAGCUUUCGAUGUAUCUUCUCAAACCUUGCGAUUCUUCAGAAGAUGAACUAUUUCAUUCUCGCUAUCAACAGUAAAAGUUUUAGGCUCUUGUUCAUCAUCAGUAGGUAACACAUGAAUCACAUAAUAGAUAAAAUUACAUUUACUGUACCAAUAUUCGAUUUUUGUUACACUUUACUUGAAACAUAUUAAUUUGUGUACAUUGACUUAGCAAACAUUCAAAUUUUUAAAAGAAGUUGGAAAGCAUAUAUAUCUGGUCAAACGUUUAGUUUUCAUUGCACUUGGUGGCGGACUGGUUCACAGAAGCUAAAUAGGAUAUUUCUGGAAAUGUUUAUCCAUUUGUUAGGCCUUUUUUAAGAUAGGACACUUCAUAAUCAUACUUUGCUGCGUCCUUCCCUUUUAAUAUCUUUGCCACGUUAUAUUCUAUUAACAAACAACUGCGCCGUAGGCGGCAGUAUGGCUGGUGACGUUUGUCAUCUAUCUUAGAUGAUUUAUUACACGGUUGCCAAAUCUCAAAUAUGUUCUAAAGUUAGGGUUGCCAACCGUCCUGUAUUAGGAAGGACGUCCUGGAUUUCGAGCGAUUUUAAUAGAUUUGUCUUUCGUCCUUCCGAGCCCUUAAGAAGGACGCAUUUUGUCUUGGAUUUUAGUCAGUUGCUCAAACAAUAUAGAAUAAAAUAUGUUUUUACUAUUUAUAAUGACAUCCGACAACAUUGCACUGUUGCGCACUGUCAUUUGCGAACAACACAGUUAGUAGAAAUUAAGGUUUAAAGCUUACUUUUCAUGAAAAGUAAGCUUAAUUUUUUGGUUUUUGAAAUGCUUAUUUCAUUUUUUUAGUCAGUAAUAUUUUUUAAAAAAGGAGGCAUAAUUUACAUUGAAAAUAGGCCCCCGUAAAUUUCAACCAAAUUUCAAUAUUUUAAGUGCCGGUACUUUUGCUCUCAUUUAACAGCCGUUAAAAAUAAUCAGGGCUUAGAAUGUGCUCUAACCACAUCAUACCUAUAGACCUUGGCCCAUGCAAAACUUUGACAACGUAUCAAAUUCGUUAAUCGAGAGCAAAAGUAUCGGCCCUAAAAGUAUCAUCAUUGCAAGAAAAAAAUUGAAAUGUAAAGAGGAUCGUAUGUCUGUGUAGCAGAUGAAUGUGACACAUGCAGAGUAAAAUUUAAACGAAAAGGCGAUUUGAAAAGUCACAAACUGACACACUCGGAUAUUUAUCCUUUUGAGUGUAACACUUGCAAAGCAAAAUUUAAACGGAGACUCGACUGGAAGACUCACUAAGUAAAGCACUCGGAUAUUUUUCCUUUCGAAUGUAACACUUACAAAGCAAAAUUUAAACGAAGAGAUGUUUUGAAGAAUCAUAAACUUACACAUUCUGAUAUUUUUCCUUUUGAAUGUGACACUUGCAAAGCAAAAUUUAAACAAAAAUACCUUUUGGAGAGUCACCAAUUAAUACACUCGGAUAUUUAUCUUUUUGAAUGUGACACUUGUAAAGUAAAAUUUAAACGAAAAGGCGAUUUGAAGAAUCACAAACUAACACAUUCGGAUAUUCAUUAAUUUGAAUGUGACACUUGUAAAACAAAAUUUAAACGAAAAAAAAAUUUGAAAAGUCAUCAACUAAUACACUCGGGUAUUUGUCUUUCUCAAUGUGCCACUUGUGGAGCAAAAUUUAAACGAAAAAGCAAUUUGAAGACACACAUAUUGAGGCAUUUGAAUGAGGAAAAUUGAAAAUGCAACAUGCAACGCAGAAGUUAAUACCAGUGGUAAUUUGAAUUUAAAACAACAUUCAGUUAAAUAAGUAUAAGUUUGAAUUUAAUGCUUCCUCUGUAAAAUUUAAACGUGAAACAAUUUUCAAUGUCCAUUUAGCAUCCACAAUAGGUUAAUUAACAAGUGUUUUAAUUUAUUAUAUACAUAGAUUCUUAAAAAGUGACUUGUAAUAGUUAUUAAUGACUCUAGCUCAUCUUUUCCAAUUUUUGAAUUUCGUUUGCAGAAACUAAUUUUUUUUCAAAGAAGUUGUUGGUAUAUUUCGAGAUAUUCAAGAAAAUCUACGUAGACAUAUUUCCUCGGAUAUUUCCUAUGCAUAGCAUAGCAGGACCUACGUACUUCGAUGAGCUAUAUCUGCUAUCACAGACAUACGAUCCUCUUUACAUUUCAAAUUUUUUCUUGCAAUGAUGAUACCUUUUAAAAUAUUGGAAUUACACCUUUGUCCUGGAUUUCAAAAAUUAAUAGUUGGCAACCCUAUCUAAGAAAAAUGUAACGUCCCACUGUGAAAGCCGUCCCAGUUCUAGUUUCAACAUUUUCUUGUCAGAUGGAAGGGUUCUCAUAUUAUAUGUCGCAAUAUGCAGUUUUAGACUUCCAUGGUAGCCUAAUGUUUCCCGGGGAUUCUUAGCAUCCUCCACCUUGGUCGGAGACUUGCGAUCAGCCAGGGACUGAGGGCCAUUUAUGAUUUCUACUUUCCAUCUUGGUUUAGGUUUGAGGGUUUUAGCCUUUCCUAACGCACUGCUCAGUGUAGUAGGAGAUAUACUGGGAAUUUAAUUUCCUUAACUUCUCCUUGGUACGGUUAUCUGGCCGAUAUUCGCUCGCCAGAGCCUCGUCUGUUAUCUAGCAGGGUGUACCGGAUAGUUGGGUACCAACCACCGCUCGUGCAGGUGAGGUUGACAUUUGGACUAAACUCUCUUAACAUUGAAAAUGCAUUUUUCCUUAUUGAGUUUCAAUCCAGAAUUUUCCAAUGUUUCCAUUACUUUUUUAGUAAUUUUUUCUACACCUUCCUGGGAGUCGGAAUAAAUAAGAAUAUCGUCCAUUGAGCAGUGAGUGUUUGGAAUGUUUUUUAACAAGGAACUCAUUAUUUCUUGAAAUACCUCUGGUGCUGAACAAAUUCCAAAUGGUAGACGAGUGCAACUAUAACGCGCCCAUGGUGAUGAAAACGUAAGAUAUUUUUGAGACUGCUCUGCAACUUUUAUUUGCCAAAACCCUCGUUUGCAAUCCUAAAGUGUAAAAUAUUUUUGGCUCCACGUAUUUGUGCUGAAAUUUUUUUUAUGGUUUCAGGAUAAUAUCUUCUUGAAAUGUUUUCGUUAAUAUCUGUAGGAUCUAUGCAGGUUCCUAAUUUACCUUUCUGCCUAACAGUUACCUACUAAUGCUGCAGGAGUGGAAUCUGUGACACCUAACUUAAUUAUAUUUUCCAAUUCUUUUUCCACUUCAUCCCGUAUGUCAAAUGGUAUUUUUCUUGCAGGCCCUAUUUCGAACUUUGGAUUUUCUAUAAAAUCAAUAUUGUAUUUAUAAUUUUUAAAAUAACCCAAUCCUUGAGAAGUGCUAUCAUUGAACUUUUUUGCCCUGUGUACCGGAUAGUUGGGUACCAACCACCGCUCGUGCAGGUGAGGUUGACAUUUGGACUGGUUGGUGGACUUUUAUUAGUACCUCUAAAAUUACCACCCAAACUCUGUAACACUCAGUUUGUCCUCCUUGUCACAAUCUUCUUCAAAUUCCAUCCUUCACUUCGCAUGAUUCGCAUUACUCGAUUUGCCUUCUUUGUUUAAAAUUCUACCAGCAUCAAAAUUCUGGUUCUGCCUUAUAAUAGAUUAAUACAUUAACUCGAUGACUUCAGGAAAAUUAUUGCCGCUGCUCGUUCUGCCAACAAAUUAACCGAAAAUACGUAAAACGAUGUUACAAAAACAAGGUAUACGCGCAUUAUAAAGACAUAUUAUACAAAUAUCGAAUAUAAUUUAUUUGAAAAAUAAUGUACAAAUGCGGACAAAAUUUUAAUAAAGUAUUUUGUAUAUAAAAAAAAGCACUUUAGAAGAUAAGUUUUUUUUUUGUUAACAAAUUGUUUAUGGAAUUACUAAAGUGCAAGUCUACAUCAGAAAAAACUAUUGUACUGUUAAAAAUUGUGAGAACAUGAAAAUGUGCUGUAUAAUUUGUACCUAUUUUUGGAUAAAUCAUAGAGGUUGGUUUAGGAAUAAUGAAAAAUAUCAUUUUAGAUCAAUCAAAUCAUUUGAAUGACAUUUUUCAUAAUUCCUUCCGUAACAUUUGAACUAGAAAAUAAUAUAAUAGUUAUUUGUGCUGUGGUGUAAUAUUUUUAGAACUACAAUUAGUUAUAUACGUUUUACGUUUAUAAAAUUUCGGAAAAAAAUAUUAUUUUGUAAAAAACGUACGUUAUUUGUACUAUAAAUUUAUAAUUUUUAAUCUCAUUUUAAAAAAUUUAUAUUUUGAGUCUAAACAAAAAAAUACUUUUUAAUACUUCUUGGAUUUUGUCUUGUGGAUUUCAC